GCUUCCUCCACCCAAGCAAGGGCCGACUAUCGCUUCAUCGGAACAGAGUCCGUGAGAUGGUUCAUUGUUACAGAAGAUCAAUUGCAUCCAGCCUUCUGGUUAGACUUCGGUAUCACGUACGCAGGCUCACAUCGCCGCCAGUGAAGAUGGAGCCUGCGCAUUGCAGAGAGUCGCAUAUGGAGCGCACAGCAGCUGAGCCGAGACAUCCAUCAUUACACAUUGUCACCGUUAGCCGUAUUGACCAAGUAAACCAAGGCAUUCGGCUGUUUCGACUAGGGAUACGUGAGGGAUCCAGCAUCAAGUUUCUCCCAGGCCAAUGGCUUGAUACCUUCGUCCCGGGCGUCACCAAGCCAGGCGGCUUCACUAUCACCAGUCCACCCUCCAAGGCCUCCCUCCCAUCCUCGGCGUACCUCGAACUCGCAGUGCAAAAGUCGCCGUCAAAUCCGCCGGCCGCUUGGCUCUGGGAGCAGCCCAUUGACCAAAGGUACCUUGGCGGCCGUGUCCACAGCACUGAGAAAGAAUCGGCGCAGCUUCAUGUUCGAGUCGGCGGGUCUUUCGUGUGGCCGCCACAAAACACCGACCUCGUCUCCCUGCGCCGAGUAGUCUUCAUUGCAGGCGGCUUGGGGAUCAAUCCGCUCAUGAGCAUCCUCAGUCACCUUGCCGAUGGAGGUGAAUGUCCGUACGACGUGCAGUUUUUGUAUUCGACAAAGACACCGGCCGAGGGUUUAGACUCGGAGAAGAUUCUCUUUCUGGAGCGCUUGGCGGCUGCAUAUGGGCAAGGAAUGGUUUCGGGCCAGCUGAGGCUCUUUCUUACCAGUUCACCACAGGAUACGUCCGGGCACAUAUCUAGGGAGCUGCUGUGUAACGGAGUAGAAAUGCCGUUCAUGAGACGCCGUAUGGCAUUGGAAGAUGUAGCGGAGGCUUUGGGGCCGAAGGAGGUGCAUGGGUCCGCCAUUGUGUAUGUGUGCGGCGUGCCGUCCAUGACGGACGAGUUUGUAGAAAAGCUCACAUCUCCAGCUGGGUUGGGCUUGAGGCCCGGGCAGGUUUUUUGCGAGAAAUGGUGGUGAUUUAUUGGAAUAAUAUGGUGCCCUUAUGGAUUGAUUCUUAGUUGAUACAUGUAAUAGACUAUUCAGGAAGCACCAGAGAGCGAGGCUGAACA